AUGGCCUCCAUGGCGUCUACUUUGACAACUUCGACAAUGUCUCCACCGUCGCCGCCACCGUCAAUGCUAGCACCGGGCAAGAAACGCGAGGGUGACAUCUCCGACUCGUUUGCCUCGCUCUCGGGCCUCAACGCGACACCGCUGCCCGACCGCUACCGGCAGCUCAAGCUCUCGCUGGUGGCCGACCACGACGAGGCCCAGAUCGUGGCUAGCUGGCACCGUCUCCUCGACGUACUGCGCACGGAAAACGACACCAUUGCGCGGCUGGGACCGGACGUCAUCCCGAGUCUGCGGUUCUCCCACCUCGAGGAGGACCUGAAGGCGAAGCACGAGGAGCUCAAGAAACGGGGCGUGGCCGUGGUGCGCGGCGUGAUCCCGCGCGACGAAGCGCGCGCCUACAAGGACCAGAUUGAGGCAUACGUUGCCGAGAACAAGGAAGCCACGCGCGGGUUCCCGCCCGAGAACCCGCAGGUUUACGAGCUGUACUGGUCGGCGGCGCAGCUGGCGGCGCGGGGGCACCCGCACCUGGUCGCGACCCAGAAGCGGCUGAUGCAGGCGCUGUGGCACGUGUCCGACCCGCACGCGCCCGUGGACAUCAGCCAGCCGACCAUGUAUGCCGACCGCCUGCGCAUCCGCCAGCCGGGCGACGCGCGCUUUGCCCUGGGCCCGCACCAGGACGGCGGCAGCGUCGAGCGGUGGGAGCCGGCCGGGUACGGCCUGGGCAAGGUGUACGACGAGGUGUUUGCGGGCCGGUGGGAGGACUACGAUGCAUGGGAUGCGGGCAAGCGCGCCGGCGCCGUCUGCGACCUGCACGCGGGCCUCGGCGCCUGCAGCGUGUUCCGCACGUUCCAGGGCUGGCUGAGCAUCUCGGACGUCGGCCCGCGCCAGGGCACGCUGCUCGUGUACCCCUUGGCGAAGCUGGCGACCGUGUACACCCUGCUGCGGCCCUUCUUCCGGCCCAAGGUGGCCGCCAGCAGCAGCAGUAGCCUGCCGGCGUCCUCGGCCGACUUUUUGUCGGCGGCCAACUGGGAGUUCACCGGCGGCGCCGCCAUGACGUCGGACCUGCAGGGCGCCACACCGGGCCACGGCCAGGAGUUCCCCGAGGGCCCCAACGACGAGCCGCUGCACCCCCACCUGGAACUCGCCCGCACGAUGGUCCACGUACCGCAGGUCGCGCCGGGCGAUUUUGUCGUUUGGCACUGCGACGGCAUCCACGCCGUCGACAAGGUGCACAACGGCACGGGCGACUCGAGCGUGCUGUACAUCCCCGUGUGCCCGCUGACCGAGGUCAAUGCGCGCUACCUGGCGCGCCAGCGCGAGGCCUUUUUGAUGGGCCUCCCGGGUCCGGAUUUCCCCGGCGGCAAGGGCGAGAGCGAGCAUGUGAACCGGCCGCCUGCGUCGGCGAUUGUGGGCGAGGCUGCGCGGCAGGCGAUGGGUCUGGCGCCGUUUGUGAGCAGUGCGGAUGCGUCGCCGGGCGCGCAGGCCAUCACCAAGAAGGCGAAUGCCAUUCUCGGAUUCCCCUGA